GCUAGCGCGGGGUACCGGUUUCUCGGUGCCUUCAGCAGCUGCAUUUCAAACUAGAAUGGCGACCGCGGUCUGCGGUCUGCAAUCCACCAGCAGCACCUCCAAACCGGCGAAGGCUCACCGGGAACACCGGAGGAGAGCGAAGGACUCCCGCCGGAGGCAGGCCGCACUCCUCUUCCUCAACAAUAUCUCACUCGACGGGCGGCCUCAGUGUCAGCUGAACGAUGGAAACACGGACCAGAAAGCCUCCGAGGAGCACCGAGACGAUGGCCCAACGGCGGUGCCGCCGCCGGCGGACAGUCAGGGGCCGGCGGCCCCGGUGACAGACCCCGCCGCGGCCGGCGGCGGCGCCUCGUCCUCCAGUGUCGCCGGCAUGGUCAGUCCUGUCCGGCCUUCUCUCGUCAUGUCCCCGGCGCCGGCCGGGGCAGGUACCGUGGGAGCCAACGAGGUGUUCUUGGAGGGUGGCAGCGCGGCGGAGACGCUCACCCCGGACACCCCUCUGUCCCCGGUCCCCACCGGUCACCACCCCUGCUCCCGGGUCCGAUCGACGCCCGCCACGCUCAGCCCGGUGCCGGCCACCAACUCUCUGGAUUCACGGCAGAGGUUAAGGAAUGUGUCUGGUUCUCCUGGACCCAAGGUGCCAAAGAAAGUCCACUUCAUCAAGAGUAUGAGACAGUAUGAUACCAGAGGAUCCAGGAUCAUGCUGAUUUGUGCCAAGCGGUCGCUAUAUGCUGCUUUCUCAGUGCUGCCCUAUGGAGAGAGUGCUCACCUCAGUGAUCUUAAGCUGGAGGCUCAGAGGCAGCGGCUGUCCUCGGUGGUGGCGGCUGACCUGCUGCCGUCGCUGGAAGGCGUGGAGCUGGGCGCCUUCGGGAAGACGGUGUCCUACGCUCAGUUCCUUUAUCCGACCAACGCUCUGGUGAGGCAGAAGAGCGGCGCCGCGGCGGAAAGCACCACCGCGCAGACCCUGCAGUCGCGUUUCCGUGGCAACGGGCAGAGGAACUUCACCCCUGCGCGUCUGAACAACAGCGUGGCGCAGGACCCAUGCAUCGAGGAGGUCGCGGAGUACGACCCCAACCUGCUCAGCGACCCGCAGUGGCCCUGUGGCAGGCACAAGAGGGUCCUGAUAUUUGCAUCAUAUGUGACGACCGUCAUCGAGUACGUGAAACCGUCUGACCUGAAGAAGGACAUGAACGAGACUUUCAAGGAGAAGUUUCCUCACAUCAAGCUGACGCUGAGCAAGAUAAGAAGCCUGAAGAGGGAGAUGAGGGCCGUGAGCGAGGAGUGCGGCCUGCAGCCGGUCACCAUAGCGAUGGCGUUUGUUUACUUUGAGAAGCUGGUGCUGCAGGGCCGCCUCAACAAGCAGAACAGGAAGCUGGUGGCGGCGGCGUGCGUCCUGCUGGCCGCAAAGAUCAGCAGCGACCUGCGCAAGCCGGACGUCAAGCAGCUCAUCGAUAAGCUGGAGGAGCGUUUCCGGAUCAACAGACGGGAGCUGAUUCCUCUGGAGUUCGCCGUGCUGGUGGCGCUGGAGAUGGGACUCCACCUCCCCGAGAGCAAGGUCAUGCCGCACUACCGCAGGCUGGUGCAGCAGGGUUAGAGCGGCGGCGGCCGCGUCACCAGCAGGAGUGUGUGUGUGGUAAAGGUGUGUGUGUGUGUUUGUGUGUGUUAUCAACCAGGUAAUAAGCUGUGGUGUUCAAAACAAAUAACUCCUUAUUUAUUUUGUGAGUGGAGAGGAACCAGUUCACACUGGUUUCAGACUGGAUGUGUGUGUGUGUGUGUGUGUGUGUGUGGCGUCCCGAUGUCGACCCUCUCAUGAGCUCUAUGUUAGAGACGUUCAAUGAGCACGUUAAUUGUGCUUUUACCUUCAUGUCUGGUAAAAAGGUUUUUUAUUUGAAGCACAUCUCGGUGUUCUCGUAUUUCGAGGAAACGUCCACUGAACCUCGCCUGCACCUUCUGUUACUGUACAGCCUGGACAGCUGAAUCAAACCACAGGUGAUUUUUUUUUUUGUUUUUUUGUAAAUGCCUUUUAAAUCCACUGUGACUGACUGAAACGUGACACUGUAGAAGUUGAGAGGGAAACAUCGUCAGACGGGAGUGGCCUUUCUUUUCUGUUCAGUACGACCACUGUGGCGUCGCCUGCACACAAACUGAAUUGUAAUAUUGUCUUAUUUAUUCUAAGUGUGUUUUUUUCUUUUUUUCUUCCAAAGUUAUUACCCAGGGACGUGUUUUUGUAAAAUAUCCUCGUAUUAACUCCGCAGUCAUCCGGCUUGUCAUCACGUCCUUCAGUUCUCAGGAAUUUUACUUUCUUCUUCUUCCUUUAGCUCGUAAAGUCAAACCCAAAGAAGUCACUGUCUCCGCCGUCCAUUAGAAGACAGUGAGAUAGAAUCCGUAGCGCUCUCCAAUGGAUGCGAGACUUCACAGCAGCAACUCCUAAGAUCCAGACGAUAGUAUGUGUACCAGUAUUUAAAAAAAGAAAAAAAAAG